AAAGCAAACUCGGCCCUUCAUUUGCGUCUCCCUAACACAAACCCUAGAGAGAGUAUGGUGGAGGAAGCAGAAGACGCCAUACUCACAUAUCUGAAAAACAACGAUGAGAUUUCCAAUUCUGCAAACUUUGCAGAAGAUUUUGGUUUUAGCCAUGACGAGAUCGUCAUUGUCAUUCGCAGACUCCAUGGCUUUAGAUUUGUCGAUACUCAGGAUAUUAGGAGAGAGAGAUGGGUGCUUACUGAAGAGGGGAAAACUUAUGCUGCCGUAGGUUCUCCAGAAUUUCAGCUUUUCUCAGCAGUACCACCGGAGGGGAUUGCGCGGGAGGAGUUGCAGAAAAAAUUGGAUCCUGCAGUUUAUAAAAUUGGUUGCCAGCAAGCUAUAAAGAACAAGUGGGUUCAGAUGGAGAAGACACAUGUUUCAAGGAAGGUCCAACAUGCUGAUGACAAAGUUAAAGAUUUGCUGUUACGGAUACAAAAUGACUAGGCUUUGCAGACUGUCAAUCAGGAGGAUAUUGAUGCUCUAAAGCGAAGAAAACUAAUAAUUCAACAGGUUUGGAAAGGAAAUUCCGUAAGAAAAGGUCCCGAAUAUGCCCCGAAAAGGAAAAGGGCAGCUACUGAUCUCACUCGGGAAAAUUUAUCGAGGGAAACUAUUACUUAUUAAUUUGAAAAACACACAUUUCUUUUUUAUUUUACUCUCAUCGUGGUGGGUGUACUACACUCACUCUUUAUUUUAAAAAAAUUAUCACAUCACACUCUAGGUGUUCAAAAUAUUUCAUCUUAACAAAAAUUAAAUAAAUUAUUAGAAUUAGUUUAAAUUAAAAAUUAAAGUAUUGCUAUCUACCGUCCAAAAAAAUUAUAAUAUAAUUUUUUUAUUCCCUCAUCCCAAUUUUUUAGUUUUAUUAUUAUUUAUUAAAUUUCUUUUAUAAUUUAAUUAAGAGUUUUUUUAAAAAAGAAUUAUAAAAUAAAUUUAAUAAAUAAUAAUAAAACUAAAAAAUUGGGAUGAAGGAGGAUAUGGUGAUAGAAAGUGGAGUGAGGGAAGAAAGUGGAGUGAAUGAAUCAGAUGACGAAAUAGAACGGACAAUCAACUAUUAGAAAGACGAACAAAGUACCUAAGCAUCAAAAAUCUAAAGCCAUGGAGUCUUCGAAUGACAUUGACGAUCUCGUCAUGGCUAAAGCCAAAAUCUUCUGCAAAGUUUGCAGAAUUAGAAAUCUCAUCGUUGUU